AACGUCAAGUAACAACUAAUUUAGCCCUCGCCGUGAACGGACGUGAUCAGACGUGCGCGGAAAACCGAAGAACAAACAAGAAGCGAAGACGAGUCUCGAAGAGAAAUCUCAGAGUCUACAAAAUCAGUGCGACAAAAAUCUGAAAAAUCAAAAACAUCUCCCCCGGUACAAGUACAAGUACAAGUGAAGUGAAGAACAAGUGUUUUUUUUGUGUAAAUGGCAUUGGAGGAUCGCUGCAGUCCACAGUCAGCGCCCAGUCCGCCCGUUGUCAGCUCCAUUCCCAUUACGAUCUCCGCCCUCGACAUGAGCCACAUCCACCAGCAACAGCAGCAGAUGCAGCACCUGCACCAGUUGCAGCAACUGCAGCAGCUCCACCAGCAGCAGCUAGCCGCCGGUGUGUUCCACCAUCCGGCGGUGGCUUUCGAUACCGCAGCAGCGGCCGCUGCAGCCGCCGCCGCUGCAGCAGCUGCCGCCCAUGCCCAUGCCGCUGCACUGCAGCAAAGGCUAAGCGGUAGCGGUUCUCCCGCAUCCUGCUCCACGCCGGCAUCCUCCACCCCGCUCACCAUCAAGGAGGAGGAGAACGACUCCGUGAUGGGCGACGGCAGUUUCCACAACCAAACGCACACCACCAACGACGAGGAGGACGUCGAGGAGGAGGACGACAUCGACGUGGACGUGGAUGACACCUCCUCCACCGGCCGACUGCCCCCGCCUGCCCACCAGCAACAGUCGACGGCCAAGCCCUCGCUGGCCUUCUCCAUUUCCAACAUCCUGUCGGAUCGCUUCGGCGAUGCCCAGAAGCAGGGCAAGCAGCCCGACAACCAGGCCAGUAUUUUCCGGCCCUUCGAGGCGGCCAACCGUUCCCAGGCGGCCACGCCCUCCGCCUUCACGCGUGUGGAUCUCUUGGAGUUCAGUCGCCAGCAGCAGGCCGCCGCCGCAGCCGCCACGGCAGCCAUGAUGAUCGAGCGGGCCAACUUCCUGAACUGCUUCAAUCCGGUGGCCUAUCCCAGGAUCCACGAGGAGCUCGUCCAGAGCCGUCUGCGCCGGAGUGCCGGCAACGCGGUGAUCCCGCCACCGACCAAGAUGAGCGAACCCAACCCGGAGAAGUCGGCUCUGGGCUCCCUGUGCAAGGCUGUCUCCCAGAUCGGUCAGCCGGCUGUGCCGACCAUGACCCAGCCACCGCUGAGCAGUGCCAGCAGCCUGGCCAGCCCACCACCCGCCUCCAACGCCUCCACCAUCAGCAGCUCGAGUUCCUCGACGGCCACCAGUUCAAGUUCCUCAUCCUCCGGCUGCUCCUCGGCAUCCAGUUCGCUGAACUCCUCGCCCAGCAGUCGCCUGGGAGCUGCCUCAUCCGUGGCCAAUGCCAGCAGUCCCCAGCCCCAGCCGAUUCCACCGCCCUCCGCCGUAAGCCGGGACUCCGGGAUGGAGUCCUCGGAUGAUACACGCUCGGAGACGGGAUCCACCACCACCGAAGGUGGCAAGAACGAGAUGUGGCCCGCCUGGGUCUACUGCACCCGCUACAGCGAUCGUCCCAGCUCAGGACCUCGCUACCGCCGCCCCAAACAGCCAAAGGACAAGACCAACGACGAGAAGCGACCACGCACCGCCUUCUCCAGCGAACAAUUGGCCCGCCUCAAGCGGGAGUUCAACGAGAAUCGCUAUCUGACCGAGCGCCGACGCCAGCAACUGAGCUCCGAGCUGGGCCUGAACGAGGCCCAGAUCAAGAUCUGGUUCCAGAACAAGCGGGCCAAGAUCAAGAAGUCCACCGGAUCCAAGAAUCCACUGGCCCUCCAGCUGAUGGCCCAGGGAUUGUACAAUCACACCACCGUGCCGCUGACCAAAGAGGAGGAGGAGCUUGAGAUGCGCAUGAAUGGCCAGAUCCCCUAAAGAAACUAAUACUAUAUGGGGGGAUGCCUCCUCCUACUUAAACGGGGUCGUGCAAUAAUCGAGGU